AUUCAAUCGCCCUGCGCACCCAUUGGCCAACAAAACAAAAUUGUGCGAGUUCCCACCCGACUGGGAAAUACUGCAUGGUAUAUUAGGCUUAGAUCUUGCAGAGCUCCUUCAGGCAAAGCAUCAUCUUGCAGUGUCAGACUCGGCGUAGAUCGAGCCUGCUUCAGAUGACAUGAACUCCGACUGCGAGACGUUGGAUUGUUCUCUUUCCGUUUCUUUGAUUGGUCCACUGAGCUCCUUCAAUGAUGCGGAGAAAUUGAGUCGCUACCGCGGUCCCGUGCUGCGGGGGACUUUCAUGUGCCUCUUCCAUCUCUUAAGUGAUGUGUAUAAUAAGCUGAAUGCUGAGUACAUGUUGCUCAAGAUGCUCCACCAUUCCUCCUUGCAGUAUACAAGGCUUUUACAUCAGAAUUCGAUAAUCCAUCUUGCUCUCAGUUGUCCAGGUCCAACCCAUAUCCCCUGCUUCCAGUAGUUUAUCACCUUGUCAUGCACAAUGUUUACUUCUGUGAUGUCUCUGGGCCUUGCAAAUAUCUGUAGUGGCCUGUUAGUGCUUCUGACUCUCUUCUACGCUUUUCGACGGGCGAUUGCAAACUAUCGGGUUCGCAAUGCCGGGGGCGUAAGAGCCCCCGUUCUUGCAACUAACCCGCUGUUUGGCUUUCCAUUCUUCAUCUCUGCUGGGCGGAAACAGAUGAAUAACAAGUUCCUGGACUUCUACGAGUCACUAUUCAACCAGGCAACGCCGGAUUGCCCCAACUGCGUCGAGAUAUCCUUUACUGGCAGUACCAGGUUCUUGAUCACCAGGGAACCAGAACAUAUAAAGACGGUUCUGACAAGCAAGUUUGCCGACUUCGGAAAAGGGCCACGGUUUCACGAAGUCUGGAGCCCCUUUCUCGGGGACAGCAUCUUCACCACCGAUGGCCGACAGUGGCAGAGCAGCAGGAGCUUGAUCCGGCCCAUGUUCAUAAAGGAAAAAGUCCGGGACUUGGAGAUAUUCGACAAAUGGGCCAGCGCCCUUAUCUCAAAACUCCCGCCAGCCGGCGAGACCGUAGAUAUCAUGGACUUGUUCUACCGAAUGACGCUCGAUGUCACGACCGACUUCCUCCUUGGAGCUAGCGUGAAUAGCUUGGAUAACCCAAAGCACGAGUUCGCCCAUGCUUUCAAUGAGGUUCAGAGGAUCCAGAUGAUGUUGACAAUCUUAGCUCCAUUCCGGCAUCUGAUCCCCAAGUACCGAUAUAGACGAGGCAUCCGGGUGAUUGAGAAGUUCAUAUACCCAUAUAUUGAGCAGGCCCUCGCGCUUCCCGUGGAGGAAUUGGAGAAGCUCUCCAAAUCGGACAAGCACUUCACCUUCCUCCACAGUAUCGCUCGAUCCACCAGGGAUCGCAAAGUCCUCCGGGAUCAGAUUAUGGCUGUCCUCAUUGCCGGAAGAGAUACGACGGCAGCCACUCUUUCCUGGACUAUUUAUGAGCUCUCUAACUACCCGAGCGUAAUGCAAAGGUUGCGCAACGAGAUACUGGCCACGGUUGGGUCAACAAGGAUGCCGACGUAUGAGGACCUCAAGGACAUGAAAUACCUAACCCACACUCUCAACGAGACGCUGCGACUAUACCCUGCCGUGCCCUACAACCUCCGUGCGGCCCUGGAGACAUCGACGCUCCCCGGUCAACCGGGUCAGCCUGACAUUGUUGUGCUCGAGGGAGACAUGGUCGUCUACAGCGCGCUGGCGAUGCAGCGCCGAAAGGAUCUCUACCCGCCGUCGGAGAAGUUUGCCGAUCCGGCCAUCUUCAGCCCGGAUCGAUGGGAUCACUGGACACCGAAGCCCUGGACAUACGUGCCCUUCAACGGCGGUCCGCGGAUCUGUGUUGGACAGAACUUUGCCAUGACUGAGAUGGCCUUCUUCCUUGUCCGUCUCUUGCAAAAAUAUGAGCGAUUGGAAUACCGGGGAGAUUGGCAUGCUCAAUAUCACAAGGCCGAGAUUGUCGGAGCGCCAGGACAUGGCGUGCCUGUGGCCCUAUAUGAAGCUCAACACGGCGAGCUUGCUUGAUUCAGUAUGAAUGAUGGGCAGUCAAAACCAGUUAUUCUGUUUUCCUUGUAUACCCCUUUGGAUAGGUCGUCAUUGUAAUCUGCCGCUACCUACCUAUUCCCCUGUUUAAAGUUAGCUCAGGGGCAGUCGCUCUCUCAAUGGAUUAUAUGCAAAUAAGCGAGGAUGAUAAGCAUUUAUCCACGGGUUUGGUUAUCUUCAAAUUUACAUGCAACAUGCCCCAA